AUGGGGAAUUGUGCACUUAAGCCAAAAGUUUUGUCGGAAGUCGGUGCUCCCGUGCCGGAGGAGCUUAAAGACUCACUUCUUGAAGAUCAUAAGAACGACGCUGCAAAAUGUCUUAGCAACUUAUUCCUUCAAGACAAGGCAGAGAAGAAAGUGAAAGAAGAUGAGAAGACAACACCGGAAAAGAUGCCGGUAACUGAAGAUUUGAAAACAGCUUUGAAGGUGGAAGAAUCUCCGAACAAUGAGGCAAAAUCUCCGGCAAAAGAGACAAAAAUUCCGGAAACAGAGACAAAAAUAACGGUAAUAGAGACAACAGCUCCGGCUGGUGAUCAGAAUGUUAUGAACGAAGAGGCCGUUCGUGGCGAGGAAGUGAUCGCCAACGCGACUGCGAAAGAGACGGAAGCAGAGGCGAAACCAGAGGAAGUCGAAAGAGAAGCAGCACAAUGA